AUGGAUAGAUCAUUCAGUCCUGUUAAUUCAGUAAGUUCCAAAUUAAACAAAAAUGAACAAGUGAAAAAGAGAAAGUAUAAUUCUGUUCAUUUAGAGAAUUUAAGAGAAAUUCUUUAUAUCAGUUUAUUAAAUACUUGGGGAUUUUCUUUUGUUUUUGUUAAACCAAAAAAAUUUAAUAUUCAUACAGUAUUACCAUUUAUCCAUAUUUCCAAAUGUAUUGAUCCUUUUGGAAAUAUUGUAUUUAGUUAUGAUGAACUAAGAAAUGAAGCUAUUAGACUAAAAGUAGGUGAAGGAAAAAAAGAUAUGGAAAGGAGAAUUACUCAAUACAUCAAAACUCGGUCAAAUAAUGUUCUUGUUGAGUGCAUUCUUUCUAUGAAAUUUGUUAUUGCUACAGAAAAAAAAUCAACAAAAGCCAUUACUGUUAAUACUUCUAUUCCUUCAAUUAGAAAGAUAGACCAAAUUGUUAUUUUUGAUGGAACAAAUCAUUGGUCAAUUUUAUUGAAAGACAAAGGUACUAUUGCUUUUCUUGAUGAAGUCCAUAAAGAAAUAUUUGAAAAUGCUGUUAAAAUAAAUUUAUGGUUAAUUCCAUUAACCAUUUCAAUUGAACCAAUAUUGCAAUAUUUACCAAAUAUUACACCUAUUAAAUAA